AUGGAGAGGCCUUCUUCCCAAUAUGAUGAAAUGGGUUUGGUGGAGACAAAGAGGAGUAAGAGUGGAAUGAUAAGAAUGGAAAAGCGGGCAGUGGGGAUUGUGCAUGAGUUCUUGAGCUUGACUGUGGAGAAGAUGGUGGAGGUAGAGAAGAUUAGUCAUUUUAGGAAAUGGUUUGGUAUUGAUUUGAAUAUUAGGGAUUUGUAUCUGGAUCAUCCCGGGAUGUUCUAUUUGUCGACCAAAGGAAAGAGGCAACAGCGGCAGCUGAAGCGUUGUCUGCGGAGGUUGUGGGCGGCAGCUUUAAGAUGGUAG